UACAAUAAAACGCGACUUUAGUGAUAAUGACCUAAGUUAGGGUUUGCAAGUAUAUUUUUAUUGUAUUGUCAGUGAAUAGCUGUCAUCCCUAAAUGUGAUUGGUUGAAAGGCAAAAGCGCGCUGACGUCACACGCCAUCCGGAAGUAGCAGCCCAAUUGGUUGAAAGGCAAAAGCGCGCUGACGUCACACGCCAUCCGGAAGUAGCGGCCCAGAGGGCGACAGGAAGAAGGCGGAAGCUGUUUAAAAGUAGUAAACAUGGCUCUUGGAGACUGUUGGAAGAACUUGUCGUGGUUCUAUCGCCAGUAUCUCCUGGUGACGGCUCUCUACAUGCUGGAACCUUGGGAGAGGACCGUCUUCAACUCCCUGCUGGUCAGCGUGGCGGGCAUGGCGGUGUACACGGGCUACGUGUUCAUGCCGCAGCACAUCAUGGCCAUCAUGCGCUACUUUGAGAUGGUCCAGUCGGGCGGCGCUGACCUCUGACCUCCAUGAGAUGCACCGCGCCUUCCCUGUGCAAUUACCUGGCGGUCAGAGGUGAGGUUGGGUGCGGUCGCCAUGUCGGACUUUUUUGGGGAUCCUCGGCCAUGUUGGAUUUGAAAUAAAAGACGUUCUUGGUUUC